AUGAAAACAAUAAUAUUAAAAAAAAGACCAUUGGAUAACGAAACAAUUUUAGAAAGUUUAUCACCUAAAAUAUUAAAAUGUGAUAAUAAUAAUAAUAAAAUAAAUAAUAAUAAAAGUGUUGAUUGUAUUAAAAUUAGAGAUUUAUAUAAAAUUAGUUUUCCACAUCAUUAUAAUAGAUUAUCAAAUUUUAAUAAAUUAAAAAAUAAAGGAAUAAUUUCAGAUGAUGGUGUUUGGAAUAGUGAAAAUCUUAGCCAAAAUUUUAAACACACAACUUCAGCAUUUAGUAUUUUAUCAUCUUUAAAAAGUGAUUCGUAUUCAAUUAAAAAUGAUUCAAAAGUAAUUUUAUUAUCAUUUUAUAGUGAUACUGGUUACGAUGAGAGUUAUUGUUAUAAAUAUGAUACAUUUCAAUAUUUAAUUUGUAUUCCAAAUAAAAUUGAAUCAAUUAAUGGUGAAAUAAAUUUAGAAUAUUCAAGAUUUAUCAAAGCAUCAUUUAAAAUCUCUUCAAAAUAUGAUUAUUAUGAACAUUUUGAAAAUGAUGAUUCUGGAUAUGAUGGUGUUUUAUUAAAAGAUGAAUCAUAUUAUGAUUUUGAAUUAUUCGAUAUUAACGAACCAACAUUUGAUGAUGAUGAUGAUGAUGAUGGUGAUGAUGGUGGUAAUAAAAAACUAUCAUUUAAAAAUUAUGAUCCAGAAUCAAUCGAAUCAGAAGCUGGAAUUUCAGUAUUUGAAUUAUGGUUUGGUAAAUUUAAUGAAAGUAAUCAAGAAGAGGUUGAAUAUGUUAAAGAGAGUUAUGUUAAAGGUUUAGUUGAAUUUUCAAGAAAUUCAUUAUCAUUUUCAUCAUAUUAUUAUCAAAAUAAAUUUUUCCAACUCACUGGUUUUAAUAGAGAAGAACGAACGGAUAAAAGAGUUCCCUUUGGAUAUGAUUACAAUCAUUUAUUUUCAUCAGUAUAUCCAAUUAAACAAAAUUAUAAAUUAUUCAAUGAUAGUGUUGAAAAUAAUCAAAAAUUUAAAUUAACUGAUAUUUCAAAAACACCAAAAGAUGUUAAAACACUUUUACAAAAUAUCAUAUGGAAAAAUAGUAUUUUUUUUUUAACUGAAUAUUAUAUUAAAAAAUUUAAUAAAGAAGAAGAAGAAGAAGAAAAUGAAAAACCAUAUUUUGGCAAAGGGUUGGGUCAAUUUGUAAGGGAAUCAAUAAUUUUAGAAAAUGAAUUAUCAUUUUCAGAAGAUUAUUAUUCAGCUGGAAUGAUUUCUUCAUAUGAUUUUAAAUUCUUAAUUCCAUAUGAUGACAAUAAUAAUUUAAUUAUUAAUCUAAAAUAUUAUGAUAGUAGUUUUAAAGAAGAAAUUAAUUUCACUGUUGAAGAUAAAUUAGUUAAUUCUAAUAAUGGAUGUUGUAUUUCAGAAAGAUAUGGUUUUAAUAAUUUAUAUUCAUAUGAAUUACAGGAAGAAAGAGAAAAAAUUCGAUAUGAUAAAAAAUUAAUUUCUGAUGGAAUUGAUUUGAAAAGUUUAUCAUUCUCUCAAUUUAUCUCACUAUUACUUAAAAAGAAAUAUCCAAAUAUUUAUUUUAAACUUUCAGAUGUUUUUGCGGUUUCAGGUUUUGAUUGUUUAAUUGAUUUUACUGAUGACGAAAAUAAAAGUUUAAAACCAAAAAUUGAUAAAGUCGCAAAUUUUAAUUGUUUAGCUAAGAUUUCAAAUGAAUAA